CCCGGAUUGAACAAAGGGCUGAAACUGAAGGGACACCUCGGAACAAUCAGUAACAGUGCCAGCCUAAACCUUCCUGCUCUUCUCAACUCCAUUCCCAAAUCCCAUGUAAACCAAAGAUUUUGGAAUUUCCUCGUUCCCUGGCUUUAUCUAAUUUGAUUCGAGACGAAAUCUUGCAAAUGGGUUUCUGGGUUUUCAAUCUUUUCGAGAUAUGAUCCGUAUUUCUCAUUUGAAUAGUUUGGAGCCUUUCAUUUGUGUCAACUCUAGCUGCUAGCAUUUGGAGAGGUAGAACUGAAGGUUGAAUGUCUGUUUGGUUGUCUUGUGUUGAAUAGGUGAAGUAAAUGGUUGGAUUUAACUGAAAUUGUGCUGGAAAGGUUUCUCCCCUUAGCUAGGUUUUGAGGUUGUAAUGGAAGGGAAAUCACCAGCUAGUUGUAAUUUGGGGCCGGGUGGUGGGUCUUUUAGUUUUCUAGGGUUACAAGGAUCAAAUCAACAAGAGAGCCCACAAGCUUAUCAAAGCUUUAUGGCCCUUCCCCAACAAGUUCAAGAUGCUUUUCCUUUUAGGCUUAAGAACACCCAAGAAUGUGAUCAAUCGGUUUCAUUUCUGAACUAUGAUAACAAGGUUGAGAGGGCGAAGAAUUCUGGCAGUGAUGAUGAUGACGAGUCGAAUGUUUUUGAAGAAGCUGGUACAAGGAAAAAGGAUUUCCCUUGGCAGCGAGUGAAAUGGACGGAUAAAAUGGUGAAGCUCUUAAUAACUGCCGUGUCCUACAUAGGGGAGGAGGCAACCUUGGAUUGUAUUGUUGGUGGAAGGAGGUCGGCACUUAUACAAAAGAAAGGUAAGUGGAAGUCCAUUUCAAAGGUGAUGGCUGAGAGGGGCCAUAAAGUUUCGCCUCAGCAAUGUGAGGAUAAAUUUAAUGAUCUGAAUAAGAGGUACAAGCGACUGAAUGACAUACUCGGGAAAGGUACUUCUUGCAAAGUUGUUGAAAAUCCUUCACUUUUGGACUUGAUGGACCUAUCUGAUAAGGCAAAGGAUGAUGUGAGGAAGAUUUUGAGCUCAAAACAAUUGUUUUAUGAAGAAAUGUGUUCGUAUCACAAUGGGAAUAGGUUGUACCUUCCUCAUGAUCGGGCUCUUCAACAUUCACUGAGGUUAGCACUUAAGAAUAGAGACAAUUUGGAGUCUCGGGAGUCCACUCUUCCCAAACCUGAUGACCUUGAUGAGGAUGAUCAAGAUGCUGCAAGUGAUGAUCAAAAUGCUGAAACUGAAGAUGCUCGUCUGGUGCAUUAUGAAACCGAAGAAGGCCAAGCUAGUUAUAGAAGUGAUGGUGCGGCAUUUGUUGUUCCAGGACAUCCCACAAAGAGGAGGAGACAAGGGGAAGAACACAAGGCCUCGAGUUCUGGUAGCGCCUUGGACUUACUGAGACCAGAUCAUCAUGGUCAGACCAGUCACACCAAUGCAAAUCCUGCUCUUGCUGAAGGCACAGAUGCAGAAUGGUUUCAGAAUGAGUGGCUAAUCUCUCGCUCACUGCAGUUGGAAGAGCAGAAACUACAGAUUCAGGCCCAGAUGCUGGAGCUGGAAAAGCAGCGGUUCAAGUGGCAGAGAAUUACCCAGCAAGAUGACAGGGAACUGGAAAAGAUGAGGCUGGAAAAUGAGUGCUUGAAGCUUGAAAAUCAGCGCUUGGCGUUCGAACUUAAGCGCAGAGAAAUGGGUUCUGAAUAUAACUGAAUGAUUUGCGUGCUUGUGAGCAUGUUGCCGUUUUCGUAUCAGCGGCAUGCUGACCACCUAAAAUUUUCGGUCUCCCAUCUAAAUCAGACUAUUAGAGUAAUAUAGACAAAAAGGUAUUUGAUAGGUUAGUGCUUUGUUUUUCUCCUAUGGCUACUAGUGCUGCUUCAAGUCAUCAGUAGAUGUUUCUCUAUUUGAUGAAUGCAGAGACUAGAACACCUAUUUGAUAUACUGCUAAGAAAGUGUGUGGAUAUCAAAAGGAAACAAAUUAUUGCAAAAAUGUUGCUCUUGAAGCGAUGCAUUUUGUUUGUGGCACAAAGAGAGUUGUGCUCGCUUGUUUCAUUAAGAUGCAAGAUUGCACAUAUAGGAGCUGACUUUCGUUUAUCAUUCCACAGAUGAUGAGCUUUCCUUUCUUGUUCAUGUCAUCAAGCUUGAAUUUGAAUUUCAUCACUAUCCACUGCUUGCAGAUUUGUUUAGGUUCCAAUGCAUAUAGUGAGGUUCAUAUGGAAAAUUUCAUUUGGAAUAUAAGUAAAUUAGUAAAACUGGUGGUCUCCGGGACAGGGAGCCACCAAGACAUCAAGUUGAAUCAGCAGAAGAGGGACUGGGGAGCUGCCUGUCGAUGUCUCUGGCUGACAUAGAAUAAACCUGCUAGGAGGACUACUUGGACCCUUCUUGGAGUUAGAUAUGAGGUUAAACAGGAAGUGUAUUGAGAGCAAGGAAAGAAGAACCAUUAGAACGAGUGACCAAAUCUGUCAUUUGGGUUUGUGCCUGGAUGAGGAUAUUUGUGCUGAUCUCCUUCCUAUCUCUUUCCAGGAUCUUGCCACAAUAUCUGUGAUUAGGCCAGAAGGGUUUUAUCUAUAGAUAGCCUCUAUCUCUUGGUAAAGAGACUAUUUCUAUGAUCUGAACUCAUGACUUUUUGAUCAUAAAUGACUGAUUUUAUCAUCAUUAUUAAAGUUUGAGCUAUUAGCAAGAUUGCUACUCUGGCUUGAGCAAGAGGGAUUGGCUGUUUAACUAGCCAGAUCAUGUUAUGCCACAAGUACUUGUUCCUUUGUUGGCUCUGGUUGGAGUGGAAAAUCAGGACUUCCAUCUUCUUAGCUGCUUCAUUCGAUGCCUUCUUGUGCUUACAAAAAUGAUUCUUCAGUGCCAUGAAUGCACCAUUUUAUGCCCAUAAAUGGGCAUAUUCUUGUUUACUUGCAUAGGCUGUCAUUCUACAAAGAUGAACUUAGUGUCCUUCCUAUGAAGUACCCACUAUAUACUGUUGCAGUGAUAGUUUAGUGGUUUGUGAGUUCUCCAAUGUUUUUUAAGUCUGGGAUUCGAAUUUUAAAUUUAUCUUACUCACGAGAUGACCUAGACUCGAGGUGUCAAAACGAGUGAUGUAGGACUUGUAACGCUGUACACUCUGGUGAGAUUAGGAUACUGUCUUGUUUUUUGGGUAAUAGUUAUUGAUCUAAAUUGAACAUUCCUUAACGAGGAAG